CACAGCCUGCUGAAAUCCUCCUCGCUGGUCAUGUGUUCCCGGGAUGACCGAUUACUCCGGACGGUGCAUUCAAACUGUGGACAACAGUCAUCGAAAGUAGCUGCUCUGAGGACGAGGAAGUCUCCACCGUUUUACUUAAUAGGUUAACGGGGGAAACCUAUAUUAUUUACCUAUAGAAACAUACAUGAAAUAGUUGAACCUCUCCAACCAGAACAAUGAUUUCCCCGUGGGACCGCUGGUAUACCACUAGCUGCUGCCUCUGCUGCCAUGUUCGGACGGGCACCGUUAUCCUGGGGAUAUGGUAUAUGCUCAUCAAUGCAGUGGUUCUCCUCAUCCUACUAUCGGCCCUGAACAACCCGAUCCAGUACGGCUACCUCCUUACCAACGCUGAGCUGGGAUCAGACUUGGAUGUCAUGGAUGAUGCUAAUAUGUGUAUCGCCACGGCAAUCUCCCUGCUCAUGAUUCUGAUAUGUGGCAUGGCAACCUAUGGCGCUUACAAGCAACAUGCAGCGUGGCUCAUCCCAUUCUUCUGCUACCAAAUCUUUGACUUUGUCCUUAACACCCUGGUGGCCAUCAGUGUUGUGGUGUACCCCAACAGUAUCCAGGACUACUUACACCAGCUGCCAGGGACGUUACCGUACAAAGAGGACAUCAUGUCCACCAACAACUUGUGCCUGGCCUUCUUAGUGCUGCUCUUCGUGGGCUGCAUCCUCUCCUUUAAGGCCUACCUGAUUGGCUGCGUGUGGAACUGCUACAGAUACUUGACUAUAAGAGGAGAAGUGCUUUUAUACGUCACCACUAACGACACCUCUGUUCUGCUGCCGCCCUAUGAAGAGGUUGUUGCCAUCCGUCCCAAGGAGCCCCCCCCUCAGUAUGUGGAAGCAUGAGGAGAGGGAGAGAGAUUCUGCCCUGGACCUCAUCCCCUCCCUCCCUCCCCUCCUCUUCCCUCAUCCUCCUC